AUGGUGGCUAAAAAGUGGGUUUACUACUUCGGUGGUGGAAAGGCGGACGGUAACAAGAACAUGAAGGAGCUCCUCGGUGGGAAGGGAGCCAACCUUGCAGAGAUGGUGAACCUUGGCAUCCCCGUCCCUCCCGGAUUUACUAUCACCACAGAAGCCUGCAAGACGUAUCAAGAAACGGAGACUAUUCCUCAAGAGGUCGCGGACCAGGUGAGGGAGAACGUGAGCCGCGUGGAAAAGGAGAUGGGGGCAAAGUUUGGCGAUCCUACCAACCCGCUACUAUUCUCAGUGCGGUCUGGGGCUGCAGCGUCGAUGCCUGGUAUGAUGGACACUGUGUUGAACCUCGGUCUGAAUAAGGUGACAGUUGACGCGUGGGUACGUCGCGCACCUCGCCUCGAACGCUUCGUGUAUGACUCAUACCGUCGCUUUAUUACUAUGUACGCCGACAUUGUGAUGCAAGUCGGGCGUGAAGACUUCGAGGAGGCACUUAGCCGAAUGAAGGAGAGACGUGGUACUAAAUUUGAUACUGACCUGACCGCUUCGGACCUAAAGGAGCUUUGUGAUGGGUACUUGGAGCUGUUCGAGCUGAAGACUGGGUGCUCAUUUCCCCAGGACCCAGUAAUGCAGCUGUUCGCAGCCAUCAAAGCUGUGUUUCGUAGCUGGGGUAACCCCCGCGCCACAAUUUACCGCCGCAUGAACAACAUCACAGGUCUUCUUGGUACGGCUGUGAAUGUCCAGGCAAUGGUGUUUGGUAACAUCAACGACCGCUCCGCCACCGGCGUUGCCUUCUCACGCAGUCCCAGCACCGGCGAGAACUUUUUCUUCGGAGAGUAUCUUGUUAACGCGCAGGGUGAAGACGUUGUCGCGGGCAUCCGUACCCCCCAACAGAUCAAUCAUUCGCUUUCGCUGCGCUGGGCCAAAGCUCACGGUGUCGGCGAAGAAGAGCGUCGCAAGCGCUAUCCAUCCAUGGAAGAGGCGAUGCCCGAAAACUACAGACUCCUCUGUGAUGUUCGUAAGAGACUGGAGAAUCACUACCGCGAUAUGCAAGAUCUUGAGUUCACUGUCCAGGACGGUCGACUGUGGUUGCUUCAGUGUCGCAAUGGCAAGCGUACGAUUCACGCAGCGGUUCGUAUUGCCAUCGAUAUGGUCAAUGAGGGUCUUAUCUCUAGGGAGGAAGCUGUUUUGCGGAUAGACCCGUAUCAGGUGGACCAUUUGAUGCACCCAAAUCUUGAACCUGGAGCUGAGAAGGCCAACAAACCCAUCGGAAGGGGCCUUGCUGCGAGCCCCGGAGCCGCUGUCGGCCAGGUUGUGUUUGAUGCAGAAUCCGCAAAGGAGUGGAGUGGUAGAGGGAAGAAAGUUAUCAUGGUACGCCUUGAAACCUCACCAGAGGAUCUUGCUGGCAUGGAUGCUGCAUGUGGUAUUCUUACAGCACGUGGCGGGAUGACAUCGCAUGCAGCCGUUGUUGCUCGCGGAAUGGGUAAGUGCUGUGUUUCCGGAUGCGGUGAUAUGGUAAUCAGGGGGAAGUCAUUUAAAUUGAAUGGCAGUGUCUUCCGGGAGGGCGACUACAUCACCAUUGACGGGUCCAAAGGACUGAUAUACGCCGGCAAGCUGAAACUUCGUUCACCAGAUCUGAAGGGAAGCUUCCAGACCAUUCUUCAGUGGUGCCAGGAGAUGAAACGACUUGGGGUGCGCACUAACGCUGACACACCCGCCGAUGCUGCAAAGGCUCGCAGUUUUGGUGCUGAAGGUGUUGGGUUGUGCCGCACGGAGCACAUGUUUUUUGAGGGCAGCCGAAUCAAUUUCAUCCGUGAGAUGAUUCUGGCGGAUUCGGCGAGUGGCCGAAAGGCUGCCCUCGACAAACUGUUACCUAUUCAGCGUGCUGACUUUGUUGGCAUAUUGAGGGCGAUGAGGGGACUUCCCGUGACGAUUCGGCUUCUCGACCCGCCGCUGCACGAGUUUGUGCCACAUGACGCCGCUGCACAAUUUGAGCUUGCGCAGAAGCUUGGGAUGCCUGCAGAGAAGGUUCGAAAUCGUGUAAAUGCGUUGCACGAGUUGAACCCUAUGCUUGGCCACCGUGGAUGCCGGCUGGGUAUCACGUACCCUGAGAUCUACAAUAUGCAAGUAAGGGCCAUCAUCGAGGCGGCUAUUGCGGUAAGUGAGGAAGGAAGCAGUGUUAUCCCAGAAAUCAUGGUUCCGUUGGUGGGGAAAAAGGAAGAACUUUCGCUUAUAAGGGAAGAGGUGGUAAAGACGGCCGAAGCUGUAAUCACAAAAUCGGGAAAACGUGUUCAUUACACUGUCGGCACAAUGAUUGAGGUUCCUCGCGCCGCAGUAACUGCCGACUCAAUCGCGCAAAAGGCGGACUUCUUCUCCUUUGGCACCAACGAUCUUACUCAAAUGGGAUGUGGCUUCUCCCGUGACGAUGCCGGCCCCUUUUUAAGACACUACGGUAACCUUGGGAUAUACGCACAGGAUCCCUUCCAGUCGAUCGAUCAAGAAGGCAUUGGUGAGCUGGUGCGCAUUGCCGUGACAAAGGGUCGGAGAGUGAAACCAAUGCUAAAGAUGGGCAUAUGUGGAGAGCACGGUGGCGACCCUGCGACCAUUGGUUUCUGCCACAAGGUGGGGUUGGACUACGUCUCCUGCUCACCAUUCCGUGUGCCUGUCGCGAUUGUUGCCGCUGCUCAUGCCUCCAUUAAGGAUAGGAGGGCUGCGAUGAAGGCGCGUAAGGGAUUCGCGGCCAAGCUUUAA